AUUGCUUAUAUGCAAAGAUGUGAAUCAUUUGAUUUGAUGUGCCAAGAUUGUUUGUUUAUUUCAUUCAUGGAAUGACAAGUUGGGGCUUUAGCAAGAAACGUUCAUUCACAAUGGCCAUGUUAUUCCUUUACCCCUCUCUUUCCCAGGAGAUCUCUCAUGAAGAUGUUUCCACAAUCAGGGAAAUCGAUUAUCUUCGACACAUUUCCUGAUCCGACAGAUACCUGGGAGAUCAUCGAGACCAUCGGGAAAGGGACUUAUGGCAAAGUCUACAAAGUCCUCAACAAGAUCGAUGGCAGCAAAGCGGCUGUCAAGAUCCUGGACCCCAUCCAUGAUAUCGAUGAGGAGAUUGAAGCAGAAUACAAUAUCCUCAAGGCUCUCUCUGACCACUCCAAUGUGGUUAAAUUCUUCGGGAUGUACUACCAGAAGGAUGUCAAAAACGGGGACCAGUUGUGGCUAGUUCUUGAGCUCUGCAAUGGAGGUUCGGUGACAGACCUGGCCAAAGGCAUGCUGAAGAGAGGGGACAGAAUGGAUGAGGCGAUCAUUGCCUAUAUCAUACACGAGGCCCUCACGGGUCUCCAUCACCUGCACAUCAACAAGACCAUCCACCGGGAUGUCAAAGGCAACAACAUCCUACUGACCACACAAGGAGGGGUGAAGCUGGUGGACUUUGGUGUUUCGGCCCAGUUGACGAACACUCGUCUUCGUAGGAACACCUCAGUGGGAACACCUUUCUGGAUGGCGCCAGAGGUUAUAGCGUGUGAGCAGCAGUUGGACUCCACGUAUGACGCUCGCUGUGACGUCUGGUCCCUGGGCAUUACUGCCAUAGAGCUGGGAGAUGGAGACCCGCCCCUCUCCGACCUCCAUCCAAUGAGAGCUCUCUUCAAAAUCCCCAGAAACCCUCCCCCUACCCUGUACCAGCCAGAGCUGUGGUCGGACCACUUUAACGACUUCAUCUGCAAAUGUCUGAUCAAGGACUUUGAGCUGAGGCCUAAUGUUCUAGACCUGCUCCAGCAUGUGUUCAUCAAACAGAUUGUAGGCCGAGAGAGGAUCCUGCAGAAACAGCUGAUGGAACUCAUAGACCUCAACCAGCAGAUAGGAACCACUGGGAAGACAAGGCAUGAGCGCAUCCACACCAAGAAAGGUGGUCAAAUGAUGUCAUCAAGCCCCACCCCCGACGAAGUGGAUGACCUUGUCACCCUGGAAGUACUUGAUGAGAAUUCAGUCACAGAGCAGCUUCAGAGGCGCUAUGCCAAGGACCAGAUCUAUACCUACGUUGGAGACAUCCUCAUUGCAGUUAACCCGUUUCACAAGAUGGAGCUGUAUAGCCCACAGUACACAAAGAUGUACAUAGGAGCGAAACGCACCGCGAACCCGCCACACAUCUUUGCUGUUGCUGACAUAGCCUACCAGUCCAUGGUGUCAUACAACGCAGACCAGUGCAUUGUUAUCAGUGGAGAGAGUGGUGCAGGAAAGACAGAGAGCGCCCAUCUAUUGGUCGAGCAGCUCACGGUGCUUGGAAAGGCCAAUAAUCGCUCACUCCAAGAGAAGAUCCUAUUGGUCAAUAACUUGGUGGAGGCUUUUGGGAACGCAUGCACCGCCAUCAACGACAACUCCAGCCGCUUCGGGAAAUACCUGGAGAUGAAGUUUACCUGCGGGGGGACCGUUGUCGGAGCGCAAAUCUCAGAAUACCUCCUGGAGAAAUCCCGCGUCGUACAUCAGGCCACAGGUGAGAAGAACUUCCACAUAUUCUACUACAUCUACGCUGGUUUAGCUGAGCGGAAGAAACUUGCCCACUACAAGCUAUCAGACAGCAAAACCCCAAAAUAUCUGUUCAACGAGCACAUUAAAUUGGGCCCUGACAUAGUGAACAACACCUUCUACAAGGAGCAGUUUGACGCGGUGGAACAGUGUUUCAAAGUCAUCGGCUUUACCCUGGAGGAGCUGGGCAGUGUGUACAGUACUCUGGCUGCUAUCCUAAACUCAGGCGACAUUGAGUUUGCCUCUGUGGCCUCCGAGCACCAAACCGACAAAAGCAACAUCUCCAACAUAGCAGUACUGGAGAAUGCGGCGUCGCUGCUGUGUAUCCGUCCAGACGAGCUCCAGGAGGCCCUGACGUCCCACUGCGUAGUGGCCCGGGGCGAGACCAUCGUCAGGCCCAACACGGUGGAGAAGGCCACGGAGGUGAGGGACGCCAUGGGCAAGGCCCUGUACGGCAGGCUCUUCAGCUGGAUCGUCAACCGCAUCAACACCCUGCUCCGACCCGACACACACCUAGGAGAGGACGACAAGGGCCUGAACAUUGGCAUCCUGGACAUCUUUGGCUUUGAGAACUUCAAGAGGAACUCGUUUGAGCAGCUCUGCAUCAACAUCGCCAACGAACAGAUCCAGUUCUACUUCAACCAACACAUAUUCGCCUGGGAGCAGGACGAGUACCUGAAUGAGGAUGUGGACGCCAGGGUGAUUGAGUAUGAGGACAACCGUCCUCUCCUGGACCUGUUCCUGCAGAAGCCCAUGGGCAUGCUGUCACUGCUGGACGAGGAGAGCCGUUUUCCCCAAGCCACCGACCAGACCCUUGUAGAAAAGUUUGAAGACAACCUGAAAUCCAAAAACUUUUGGAGACCCAAAAGGGUGGACCUUGGCUUUGGAAUUCAUCACUAUGCUGGAAAGGUGAUCUACAACGCUGCAGGCUUCCUCUCUAAGAACAGAGAUACACUACCGGCAGAUAUUGUUCUUCUGCUGAGGUCGUCAGAAAAUCAGCUGAUUCGCAAACUGGUCACCCACCCGCUCACCAAAACAGGUAAUUUGGCCCACACAAAGGGUAAAGGGAUGAACACACUCAUGAGCAUGCCUCGCACCCCAGCACACCCUCACCGCACCAUGAACUUUGCCAAGAUGGGAGUGCUUAAGUUAUUCAGUUCUAGUAUGUCACUCUGUGAGGGUGAUACUGGAACUGGAGAGACCACCCACCAUCCUAGAGAGUCCACCAACAUGAGAACACAGACAGUAGCCUCCUACUUCAGAUAUUCCCUAAUGGACCUGCUGUCCAAGAUGGUGGCGGGACAGCCCCACUUUGUGCGCUGCAUCAAGCCCAACAAUGACCGGCAGGCCAGUAAGUUUGACCGGGAGAAGGUGCUGGUGCAGCUGCGUUACACGGGUGUCCUGGAGACAGCUAAGAUCCGCCGGCAGGGCUACUCUCACCGCAUCCUCUACACCAACUUCGUCAAAAGGUACUACAUACUGGCUUUCCAUGCGCACAAGGAGCCGGAUGCGAGCCCAGAGACUUGUGCAGCUAUAUUGGAAAAAACCAAACUGGAAAAUUGGGUCCUGGGCAAAACGAAAGUGUUUCUGAAGUACUACCAUGUGGAGACCCUCAACCUGAUGGUGAGGCAGACCACAGACCGCAUCGUUCUGGUCCAGGCCUACGUCCGGGGCUGGCUGGGGGCCAAACGUUACCGCAAAAUACUGGAGAAGAGAGCACAGAGCGCUGUGGCCAUACAAUCAGCGUACAGAGGACAUAAAGUACGGAGGAGAUGUGCUGAUGAUAAAUUAAGCAAAGCCAAGUUUGAGACCUUCAUCACCCAGUUACAGGCUGUUUGCCGAGGUUACCUCGCCAAGAGGAAGUACAAGGAGCUGGUGGAGGAAAAAAACAAAGCAGCAGCUAAGAUUCAGGCCCAUUACAGAGGACACAGGGAGAGGAAGAGUUUCAAAAAGAAAAGGGAUGCCAUUGAGAAAGACAGGAUAGAGAAAGAGAGGAUCGAAGCUGCCAAACUGGAGGAGGAAGAGAUGGCCAAAUCCGCUGUGGUCCUCCAGAGUAAUUACAGGGGCUACAAGGAGAGAAAGAAACUCAGGGAGCGCCACAAGACACUGUCCGGAGACGAGUUGAGACUAAGGUCACCCUCACCUGUAGAGGUGGAGCCUGCUAUUAUGGAGGAGGAUGAAGAGGAGGAUCAGGAGUUUGCAGUGGAAAAGGAAGAGGGGAAUGGGUUGACCGAAGUUGCGGAGGAGGAGGAAGAGGAUGAAGACACGGCCAAGGCGGAAGAGGACGACGACGAUGAGCACACGGAAGUGGGUGAAGAGCUGGUGGACGAGGAAGACACAGAAAUUGACGAGCAACAGAAUGCAGAGCGAGCAGAAGGGGAGGAGGUUAACCCGGAACAGGAAGCUAAGGCAGCUACAGUUCUCCAGAGCAACUUCAGGGGCCACAAAGAGAGGAAGAGGCUGGUUGAAGAAGGCAAGAUCCCAGCAAGGAAACAGAGAGUGAUGAGCCCAACUGAAGACGAGACCGCAAAGGUAGAAGGUAUGUCAAAACCAGCAGGAAGGUCAAAGGUUCCAGAGACAGCAGCCGUGUCUGCAGGUGUGGAAGAGAAGGAGGAAGUAGAUGAGGCCAAGGCAGCUACGGUCAUCCAAAGUAACUUCCGUGGCCACAAGGAGCGCAAACGCCUGCAGGAGGAAGGAAAAAUCCCCGAGAAAAAGAAGGCGAAAGAGGCCAACGAACAACCCAAACAAGAACUUGUCCAGCCACAGGAGCCAACGCUAGAAUCCCAACCAGAGCCGUCCACCGCAAGCCAGUCGGAGCCAGACGAGGAAAAAGCUGCCACCGUUCUGCAGAGCAAUUUCAGAGGACACCGGGAUAGAAAGAAAUUCAAGGAGGAGAGAGAACGGGUCAAAAGGAGCAAGGAGGAACCCAUGGUUGAGGAACAGGAGGAAGGGUUGAAGGUUGAGGACAGGGUUGUGGACCUCAUCGAUGUAGAGCUGGUUCGCAUGGAGGAGACAGAGUCUCAGGGAGGGGAUAGGUAUGACGAGGAGCAGGCAGCGGUGAAGAUCCAGAGCCAGUUCAGGGGCUACAAGGACAGGAAGAACCUGAAGGCCACCAAGGCCACAGCCCAGAGAGAUACGGAGGAACUGGAGGUCUUUUCUAAAGAGGUCACUAAGUCUUCUCAGAACUACAUGAGCCUCCAGCAGAAGCUGAACGAGAUCAUCCUGGCCCACCAGAUAAACCCAGCCAAUAACGGCAUGUUUGUCAAAGGGCAGGCAGUCAAUGGCUUUGCUGCCAACCAUCAGCAAUCAGUCGAUCUGAAAGUGUGUCGGACGCCUCGCAGAACCCAGCAGCCAAAGACGCUCAACACCCCUGAGGACUCUACGUACUACAACCUCAUCCAUAGGUCUGUCCAGGAUGACAAACGCAGGCCACGGAAACAAGGUCCUGGGAAGCUGCUGGACGUAGAUGACCAGUACUACCAGGGCCUCCCCACCAGUAAGUCCACCGGCGCCAUAGCCGGAGACCGACGCACCUCUCUCACCAGACGAGCAUCUCUCGAGAGGAGGCAGUCUAUCGAACAGAGGCGCUCUAUAGAGAGGAGACAGUCUUCUGCGAGAAGACAGUCUUCUGACAGGAGGCAGUCUACAGCUGCAGAAAGAAGUCCACAGACAAGAAGAGAGUCUGCAGCCGCUGACAGGAGGCAGUCUACUGACCAAAGACAGACUGCAGGUGCAGACAGAAGUCCACAGACCAAAAGACAAACUCCAGACAGGAGACAAUCUAGAGAGAGGGCAGUCUCCGAGCCAGCAGAUAAAAGGCACUCCGUUUCCAGACUGCCCUCUGCAGAGGGCCAGGACGACAACCCUUAUGACUACAGAAAACUCCUGCGAAAGACCUCCCAGAGAAGAAGGCUCAUCAAACAGUACAGAGACUGAGCAGUGCCCUUCUCAAUGGCAUACUCCAUUUAAAGCAAAUUGGCAUAACACCUCCCUGUAUGUGACACUGCCAGAAGCAUGCCAUAACAUCUGUCAUAAUGCGACAUGAUAGUUCAUUAAUGUUGACUUUUGUUGACAUCUGACAAAAACCCUAUUUGAAUGUCUAAUGAGUUGCGUUCUAUGAUAGUGUUGUCUCAGCUGUUAUAAACUAACAUUGGUUUUCAUAAAAUGUCAUGACAGCUGGUAUGUUUUGCUUAUGGCAUUGUUAUGAAGGUGUUGCGUCAAGCCACUUCCCUGACGCAGAUGGCGUCACGAACAGGUUAACUUUGUCAGUCUGUAAAUACUUUUGUCAGCCGACUCAGCCUCUUCUAAGAAGCAGAUUUGUUGUAUCUACUUUAAACAAUGCUGGUAAGCUUCCUUCGCUUCUUAGUUUGAGCUGAUAAUGUGUUCUUUAUCCUUCAAAAUGUAUAUGAAAGGAAUUGAAUGUCAAGAGAUAGAAAAUAGAAAUGGAGUGGUAUAUGGUGCAAGCCAUGAAGGCUCUAGCUCUAGGAUCUUUUUCAGUGUAUUGAAAAUAGGGUUAUUACUAUUUAUGUCAAUUAAUAUAAAGUUGGAACCAAAAUGUGGUCCUAUGUAAUUUAUGGUGAUGCGCGGUGGGUGAUCAAACAAGGGUUCGUGGUCAUCAUUGGCUGUAGGCAGUUUACUUUCCUGAAAUGCAGUGCAUUGGCACUACCACGGUCUUUAGUGUAUUGUUUGUGAUGUACAGUAUGUGGAUAUGAAUGCUUCUUUGCUGCUUGAAUUGUCAAUAUUAUCAACUCAAACAUCAUUUUAUUACUGUUGUGAAGUGUAAAUAUACAAAAGCAAUACAGGUACAUGCAAAAGGUCAACGCUAAUUUGAAUACAUAAAUUGACUACUAGACCAUAGUGUAUGUCGUAACAUCAAACCAAAUGUAAUGUCAUAUUGGUUUUUAACGCAAUAACGGCACGAUUUAAGGUUGCAGUGAUCUGUCUUUCAAUUGCAAUGUGUGUUAUUACAGUUGAUUACCAACCACGGUUAGUACUUUAUCUUGUUUAACUUUAAUUAAGUGGCUGUCUCUAUAUUUGGGUCUUAUAAAAUACAUAAUUUAUAAUUUAUCAAAUAGUGUGUGCAUAUGUCAUUGCUCUCCUUGGUGUGACAUACAGAAACGUCUGAAGAGCAGAUAGGUUGCUGUACUUCCUGAUAAACUAUCAGUCACUUUC